GACAAGCAUGGGUACCCGAGCUGCUGCGCGCCAGGUUCUUCGGUGGACUUCAAAUGCCACCUCCUCUGUACACAGCCCGCUUCAGUUUGGGAGAUGCCACCUCCAGCCUCCAUGCAUCGGGUGCCGAUUGUUUUGUUCUUCUACCAGCCAGAUUAAUCUGCACUCAGCACAUCACAACCAUGAACUCAGUCGACUACCCGGGAAGCCCGACAUAGGGCUGGACCUGCGCUCUUUGGUUGAUAUGGGAUUCACAGACAGCCAGGCAGAGCAGAUCCAUGAGGACGUAUACAAAGUCAGAGGAGGAAGUGCUGCCAAAAAUGCUCUGCCAACGCUCACAGCUCUGUUGGUUUUAGGUCUUAAUCCUUCCAGUGUGCUGAAACUGCUGAACAAGUGUCCUGAACUUUACACUGUCAAGGAAUCGCAGCUUCAGCAACGAAUAGGCAACCUGCGGAAACUAGGUUUGGGUGAAGGCAGUCUUCAGAGAGUGGUGGCAUAUUACCCCCAGAUCCUGACUGUGCCUGUGAAGACAAUAAAAAAUGCAGUGCUGUUCCUCAGGGAGAAGUGCCUCUUUACCGUCCGUCAGGUCACAGACAUCCUCAGAGAUAGUCCGGCCAUAGUGGUGGAAAACAUAAACCAGCUGGAGUACAAGUUUCAGUACGUCUACUUUCGAAUGGGUGUGAAACAGGCGGAGAUGGUGAAGUCCAGGUUGUUCCGUUUCACUCUGGACGAAGUGCGUCAGCGACACUGUUUUCUGGAGCGCAGAGGCCUGUAUCAAACCCCAGACAAGAAAGGACAGACGAUCAUCAUCAACCCCAAACUGGACAGCAUCCUCAACGUCGACCAGAAAACCUUCCUCACACAAGUUGCCAAGGCGUCGGAGGAGGAGUAUGAUGUAUUUAAGAGACUGAUGGCAAGAGAAUGGCAGGAAGAGGAGCAGGGCCGCAUUGAAGCUGAUAGUGAUGUUGAUGAGGAUGAGGAAGAGGAGGAUGAAGAAGAUGAGACUGGUGGAAAAAGUGGAUACAGGAUGAGGAGAAAGAAAUAACAGUGGUAGAGUGACUGAGAGAACUAAUUUAAAGAUGAAAUUACAUGAUGAGAGAAAAUGACACAUGAUGGUGACCAAUAAAAAGUUUCCUUUAAACUGUUGAACUGAGUGUCGUCAUUAAGUGUGACACAAAAUUCUCAUCUAAAACACACAUGGAACCGUGAUGUUGUGGUUAUUGU